AUGGAUUCCGGUAAGCUACCAGGCUCGUCUUCAUCAAGCGAGCCUACGUUUUUGGGUCCACAAGGACUCAACCGUGGUUCAUUCCCGAGCUCAUCGUCGGUUCAAACAAGGCCACCUCAUGACAACAACCAUGGUGUAAGAUCGUCGACAAAGAAUCCCAAGAAGCGAACAAGGGCAUCGAGGAAGGCACCCACUACAGUUCUCGCAACCGACACAAGGAAUUUUAAAGCAAUGGUGCAAGAAUUCACUGGAAUCCCUGCACCACCACCAUCGUAUUCUCCAAGGCUUGACCUUUUUGGUUCUGCAGGCUCAGGUCAUUUGGAACAAUUAGGUUCUCUUUACCCUCUACGUCCCUCGGCUAAAAGGGUUCAACCAACUCCAUUUGCAUCCUCAUCAUCUUCUCCUUCAUCCCUAAAUAAUCCUUUACUCGAUGCUGCUGAUACCAUUCCGAUUGACUAUCAACUUCACCCUUCGAUUAAUAUGCCUGGUUUUGGGGUCGAGUCCCAUGGAAGUUCAGUCCCAUCACUUGAUGAACUGUGGUUGAGCCGUGGUCAAGUCGAUGCCAACCUGGUUAGCUCAGCACGUCAUAGAAACUGGAGAGAUGGGGUUGGAUUGAACCAAGAUCAUUGGAAUUAUGGCAGCACUAGCUAG